UUCUCUCUUGAGUGGUUCUAGCACUUCUUAAUCAUUAUUGAUCUCCUGUAUGAUAUAAAAUUUUCUUGUCUUCUCCAAUCUCCACAAGUUUUCCAUAACAUGGAUAACUUUUCAUGUUAAGUUUUCAGUUUUCUCUUUACUCUAUUUCGAUUGUCGAAUAUUCUUUAAUUCUCCUUUUCCUCACUUUGUCCCAUACCACUAUAUUUCUGUACUUUCAAACCUCCAUUUGCUGAGUAAUGUCAAGCUCAGGAGGACUAGAUCGACCGGCUUUAGUAAUGAUCAUCGUGGGAGGGAUUGUGAUCUUUAUAUCACUUUGUUUAGCAAUAUGUCGUGGAAGGAUUAAGAUUGUAGGUAUACAAGUGAUUCGGGAUGCACAAUUUUUAACUCACACUAUGGAUAAAUUUCUGAAUGACAUUGAAAAGGACAAGCCAUUUAGGUUCACUACUCAACAGUUAAAGAUUGUAACUGAUAACUUCUCUUAUUUAUUGGGAUCUGGAGGUUUUGGUUCGGUAUACAAAGGAGUUUUUAGUGACGAUACCAUUGUAGCUGUGAAGGUUCUGUUUAGAAGUUCUGACAAAAGAAUCCAAGAACAAUUUAUGGCUGAAAUUGGAACUUUAGGUAAAGUUCAUCAUUUCAACUUAGUUAAACUAUUCGGAUUUUGUGUUGAAAAGAACUUGAUUGCAAUAGUUUAUGAGUACAUGGGAAAUGGCUCUCUUGACAAGUAUUUAUUCAAACAAGUUAAGGCUUUGGAAUUUGAAAAGCUUCAUGAGAUUGCAAUUGGAACAGCAAGAGGCAUUGCUUAUUUGCACGAAGAGUGUCAACAAAGAAUAAUUCACUACGAUAUUAAGCCGGCGAAUAUUCUCUUGGACAUGAAUUUCAAUCCUAAGGUCGCGGAUUUUGGAUUGGCCAAGCUCUGCAACAGGGAUAAUACUCAUAUAUCCAUGACUGGAGGCAGGGGAACCCCCGGUUAUGCUGCGCCGGAGCUUUGGAUGCCUUUCCCUGUGACUCACAAAUGUGAUGUUUAUAGCUUUGGGAUGUUGUUGUUUGAAAUCAUUGGUGGGAGAAGAAAUGUUGAUACUAAUGUUCCGGAAAGCCAAGAGUGGUUUCCAAUGUGGGUUUGGAAAAAAUUUGAUGGUGGAGAGUUACAGAAUUCAGCAUUAGUGUCUGAAUUAUUGUUGGAGAAACAUAAGGAGAUGGUAGAAAGAAUGGUUAAGGUAGCUUUGUGGUGUGUUCAGUAUAGGCCAGAAUCAAGGCCUAUGAUGAGUGCUGUUGUGAAAAUGUUGGAAGGUUCAGUAGAGAUUUCUCAACCUUUGAAUCCAUUUCAAUACUUGAUGGACAAUGGUUUUGCUACUCUUCCACAGCAAUAUUCAUCAAGUAAUUGCAAUGCUACAACUGCAACUACAAGUAGUUAUUGUGACUCUUCUGUGAUUGCUGUGGACUCCAAUAUUGUAACUGCUCAUUCAAUUUAGUGCAUGAUGAAAUAAUAAAUAAAUGUAUUGAUGCAUAGACUUGAUAAUAAUUUUCUAAAUGUUAUAUUGUGA